UACAGAUCAGCGCUACACUUGUGCAACCACCACGGUUUCAUUGAUUCACAGACUUUAAACUCCCAACAAGCAAAAAAACAGGAAUCAUUGUAGAUUAGAUUAAUAACAAUUGCCUGUGACUAUUCAGUUCGACUGUAUCUCAACGGAGAGAUAUCAACGCUGUCUCUGAAAGGAACUUGGAUAGCCUACAACAUCUAGGAUUUUUUCCCUCCUCUCUCUAAUCCUUAUAGAUCAUCAUCUACUGUGUUUUCUAUUUGAAAACACUGUUCGUGAUCUAUUCGGACACCUGCACCUUGCCAUUUAUGUCAGACUAAAUAACUGCUAUGACAGGGAAACUAGCGGACAAGCUCCCUCUUACCAUGAGCAGUUUAAUAAACACGAUUCCUGACAGUCUUUACCCAGAAGAGGACAUUCCGACGUCUAUGAACAUUUUCACCAAUACGGAUUCUAUAAACCACUACUCGCAAAUGAAUACAGAUAAUAUCAUGGAUCUGGGGAUGGGAAGUGAUAAGGGAACUGCAGAGAUCCAGUAUGGCUCCAGCUUCCAGUCAAACCGCAGUGGGCAGACCGUCACCUAUCUGGGGAAGUUUGCCUUCGACACUCCUCCGUCGGGUGGAAUCGGGGGCUCCGGCUGGUGUUCAGACAACAAUAUCAUUAGUUUAGUAAGUGCUGGCAUCCUGGGUGUCUCCCCGUCGCCUGGCAAUAUCACCACACAGACGUCGUCCUCUGGGGCCAGCAUGGGCGGCCAGUCCUCAGACAUGGAGCAAGUGUACGGUCCACCACUGCCCGCCUAUUCCACCUGCAGCGAGCUGUACCAGGACCAGGUCUCCUUCCACCACAGCCCUGCCACCAGCACUGCCCUCGGCUACCCCGGCAAUGACUAUCACACCACCUCCAAGCCCUCCAUGGACGGGAGCCUUUUCUCCAUGAUCCCAGAUUACAACCUCUUCCAUCAUCAGGGUGAGGUUGGUGUGAUGGAGCACAAGCCCUUCCAGUCCAUGGACCCAAUUAGAGUCAACCCCCCACCUAUCACACCACUUGAGACCAUUCGAGCAUUCAAAGACAAGCAGCAGAUUCAUCCAGGUUUCAUUGGCGGGCAGCAGCUUGCUCCUCAACACCACCAGCCACCACAGACGCUAACACUCAAACCAAUCCGACCACGGAAGUACCCAAACCGACCCAGCAAAACCCCUGUGCAUGAGCGGCCACAUGCCUGCCCAGCAGAAAACUGUGACAGACGCUUCUCCCGUUCAGAUGAACUGACACGCCACCUCCGCAUCCACACGGGUCACAAACCCUUCCAGUGCCGCAUAUGCAUGCGCUCCUUCAGCCGAAGUGACCACCUGACCACCCACAUCCGCACGCACACGGGCGAGAAGCCCUUCUCCUGUGAGUUCUGUGGACGCAAGUUUGCCCGGAGUGACGAGCGCAAGAGACAUGCCAAAGUUCACCUCAAGCAGAAAGACAAGAAGCCGGCUGACAAGGGGAGUGGGGCAGCUGGCAGCCACAGCUCACCCCCCAGUUCCUGUGGUGGCAGUGGAGGGCCCAGCGGUGGCAACAUCAUGACUGUCACUACCUGUGCUUAGGAUGGAUCAUCACCCUGCUCUAACAUAAGACUGAGGAAAGGUCCUAUCCACAAUGAGACAAAUAGAUGACUCUUUCUCUCACUUUUUCUCUUACAUUCUCCUAAUUUUUAAUUCCAGGUAAUAUUUCCCUCCUCUAUUUGGAGAUGGGCUUGUUUUGUUGUAAGAGUAGGGUAAGGAGAGGACAUAGACUGGGCGGCCAACAACUGUGUGAAUGCCAGCAAGCAGAUGGGCAUCAUGGCACCGGCUGUCCAAGAGGACAUGGCAUAUCAUUGAGAAUUCAAUUCAAGUUUCUGAAGUCAUAUCAUGUCUUGUGUUUUCUGAGAAAUUCACCAAGAAUCUUGACUGAGGAGGGAUUCAAACAUUUUUGUACAAUUGGGUUGAGACUGAAUUACAACUAGGCGUAGAAUAAGGUGAGCUAUGUUUGGGAUGUAUGCAUUUAUUUCAUCUGGUUGUUAAAAGUGCAAUUGGUUGUAUUUGUGUACUGUUGUUGAUACCUUAUUUACUGCACUUUCGAUUGCCUGUCUUUUUGUUGAAAAAGUAUUUAAUUAUAUUGUUUUUUUUAUUGUUUCUCAACAGAAUGUGCCAAACAUAUGGGGAUAAUAAUGACAAUGUUUGUUUUCUUAAUUGUGCCUGUGAUUAACCAAACAUUACAAAGACAUAAACUAUGUUUCCGACAUUGAUUUUAGGCAGAUUGGUAGCCGCAAAAUACUCAAAAAUAGUUUUGAUUUUAGUAGCAUUUUUUGCAAUUAUUUGCAUCACAGUUACAGUUCAAUGGUUCAAAGGUAUUUUGCUAUAAGCUCACAACAUGAGCGUUAAAAAGCCCAGGGAUCGUUGGCUUUGUCCAUCCAAACAUGAUCCUGUGGUCAAUGGACCAGUAUUUGGUGGUAAACUAUUGUGGUCUGAUGUACACUCAGUGAACUGGAUUGCAACAUUAAUGGUAAAUAAUCAUGAACCAAUGUGUCAUUGAACCAAUUACACAUUUUCAACAUGUUCACUACAAAUUACACACAUCCAUGAAAGAUAGCCUACUAAGAUGUCCAAGAUAAACAUAUAUAUAUAUAUUUCUUUCUUUUUAAGUUAAUAUAUAUAUUUUAAGUAAGAGUGUUUUAUGUAGCUUUCGUCUAUCUUCCGAAGACUCCUCUUGGUCAUAUUUAGAAGUGCAUUUAAGACACAUUCGACCAAUCUUGAAAUAAAAUGUUGAGAGCGUAGAGAAAAAGACUGAAACAUUGAAAUGCCUGCCUCUGUAAGCUAUUGCAAGCCGACGACACAUCUGGAUAAAAGCAGAGAUGAAUUAGAGGGUCUUUUAUCUGCGCUUUCACUGACAGAGACCUGCCAGCUACAUGCAUGUAAUUAGAGAUAUUGUCAAAUGAAAGGGACGCAAAUGUUUUGCAUAUUGUUACGAUGAGCAACACCUGUAAGAACUACCAUAGAAUAUACAUGAUAUUUCCAUGUUUACACCUCCUACUGUUUUGAGAGAUUCUGAAUUUAGAAAUUAGGGAUUUUUUUUUUUUCUACAGUGAGAGAUGUAUACAGGUAUAUUACUUAAACUUGUGUACUCAGAUUGUGGAAACUUCAGUAUUAAAUUGUGCAUUUGUGUGCAAUUGUAUUUAGAUGUACACUAUAUAAAAAUGCACACAUUUCUAACUGAUUGAAUGCUUGUGCAGAAGGUGUCUUAAAAUGCUCCCUCUAAAGUAAUGAUACUGCAGGAUGUUCUGUGAAAACAAGUCAUUGCUAAAGACUUUGGAGCAUUGAGACAGUGCCAAAUUGGGUGCCUUAUCUUCCAUUUCAAAACAAUCUAAUAUUAUUUGUACCUACUGUAGGGUUGUAAGUGGGGAGUGGUUUUAGGAAACACUAAUGUGUUCUUAAUAAGAGAAAUAAACAAAAAAACAUUUUUGAACAAAAAUCGUGUGUAUUUCAAUUGCAAACAAACCUGUAAUGUAUUGGAUUCCAAAGUUCAGUCAAAUAUAUGAAAAAAGAUAAGUAUGCAAAACAAAUCAUCAUUUUUAUUUGAUCAGUAAAGCAAUAUACAAUUUUACAAAUGCCAAGUCUGGCAUUGACUGAAGGCUAUACACUACUUGAUUGGCUCUAGAUUCAGAAAAUGAAUUUCUUAGGUCAUACUGAUUAAAAAAUGUGCUCAAAUGCGUCAAAUCUAUAAAAACCAUUAAACAAGUAGUUUCACUAAUUAUAACACUGUAUAGGUAUAGCUAAUAAUGGAUAAUACAAGUCAUUGCAGGGAUGUGAAUCCAAACUGUUUGGUAAUUGAUCCACUACAUUAGAUUGUUGUCUUCACUGUGCUCAAUGCUCUUGUCAGCUGUGGUCUUGAUGUUUUUCUAGGAUGUCUUUCUCCUGAAAGGACAGUUAUUUCCCCUCCUGUCCCAUCAGGCCCUGUGUGAAAUCAUUUCUGCACCACAGUCGAAUGUGUUCUCUGUGUGUUUGAUAUGGAUUACUUAUUGUCAUAGAUGUGCCUGAUAGUAAACACUUUCAGAAAUCUUGAUUGAAAAUGUCAACAAUGAGAAUUUACAAAUGCAUUGUUCUCAGAGAACACAAAAUUCUCCGAUGUGCUUCCAAGGCCAUAUUCCCUCUUUCCUGUACAAACCUGUUUUCAUUGCUAGGCUUCCUGGCGAGUGUCCACUUAUUUUCCAAUUAAUUUGGCCCCAGAGAGUCUUUCUCCAGUUCAUCUACUGUAAAUGGAUAAAUUAGCAGACUCCUUGCAUUGUCUGAAAGUGUUGGCGAGUUCACACAUACAGUAUCAUCUCACUUAUUAUGUAAAUCAAUGGCUUUAUUGAAGUGCAUUUUAGGACACUUGUAUUCUUGGUGACAAUUAUUAUUAUUUCCUGGACUUUGCUUGAGCUAGUUCGAUGUAUGGAAGGAAUUUAAAAAGGAUUGAUAACUGUUCAUGAAUAAAGUGGAAAAAUAAAGGAUAUAGAAGUGGAAUGUAGAUGAUUACAGUCUAUCUAUAAUGACACUCAAAUAACACUGAUCUCUAUUGAAUCAAAACUGUAUCAAUUGAAGUGUGAUUUUCCAUAAGCUAAGUGAAGUCUAAAAAACUGUAUGGAUUGGAACCCUUGAAUUUCUUCAUUCAGUUCUUGCCUUUAAUGUUGAAAGUGUGUACACAAGCAAGUGAACCGAUCUUAACUUUUCUGGGUGAUUGAGGGGAUAUAAUUCUCAACAGCUGAGACAGGGUUGGCUCUCAGGUGGAAAGGGCAAACAUAAGCUAUAUCAGUGAACACCGAACGUCUCCAAGGAUUUGGUGUAGACAUAAUUUGGUGGUUUUAAAUGUUGUUUAAGCAUCUUGUGCUUAAGAAUGAUGUCUUCAUUCUUUUAAGGGUACAUGGUAUGUAAAAACCAUAGAGAAUGAGCAAAAUACCUUCUGAAUUAUUCUGUACUUUUUAAUUCAGCCAGCAUGGUUCAGCAAGAAAAGCCUUUCAGUAAGGGUAGAAUAACAAAGACAGUUUUCACAGAUCAUAUAGCAACCCUGUGGAUUUGAUGGUCGUCUCUGAAGGUUCAAAUGUUGAGUUUCUGGCAUUGGAUGAGAUUUGGUUUUAAAGAAUACUGUGUUUAUCUAGAUCUCGGUGAGAAGAGUGGAAGUUGUGCUCGGAAGAGAGGAGAAUACGCCAACAUAUUUCUAUCUGUCACCCAAAGACAUGUAAUUACAACAUUGUAAACUGGAUGUCAUCUGUCACAUUUCUAAUUAAUGCAAAUUGCACAGUGUAAAAGCAUGGUCUAUAUUACAUAUAACAAUUGAACAUUUUUAUUUCACAUUACUGUUAAAUAUCAAACCACUGUCAAAAGAUCUGAAAGUAAAAACUGUCCUCAUGAAUCAUGAUUCAAUACUGCUUUGUUUGUCCCCCAUGAUCUGAACAAAGUACUUUCAGUAGUCGACAUUACCAUGUCAAUUAGGGCUGAACUAUUUCUAGACUGAUUUCCUUUUUGUUUUUGUCUUGCUCUGGUAUGAUUUGAGAGGAUACGUUAAGUGUGUAAGAGAUUAAAAUAAGAGAGCUCCCUUCAUAUCUUCUCCUCAUCAUCCUGAUGGUUCUGGGCUCAGUCUUGGACCCAAGCCAACCUUAACAGUCAUGUUUGUGCCAAAUUAGGUUGCAUGGUUGGGUGAUUAGGAACAAUAUGCAAUGAGAACUCCACAGAAGCAACAAACGUAAAUGUGACCUCAGUCAGCUUACGGCUCAAGAUGGCCCUGUGCUGAUGUCUGUGUUUACUUACUUUUAAUUCACUACAAAGCUGCCUUUGUGCAAGAAUAUUAAAGACUGAAAGUAAACGUUCCAAACAAAACCUCCAUGGCCACUCUUGUACUAGGAUAAAUGACUGGCAGCGCUUCUCAUCUUAAUGACCCAAAAAUGCUGCAACUGUUGAAGUUGAUGAUAGAUUGCUAUCCUAAACGCUUAUUUUGAGGAUGGUUCCAAAAAUUGUCAAUGUGGUCCAUAUUAAGUAGAGUAGGUUAACCUUUGGCAGAUGGCACUCAAAUGUUUUGGGGAAAAUUGUAUUUGUUAUCUCCUGUUUCCUUUUCAUUAUAUCUUCAUGUUUGCAUGUGCACGAAAAGGUUCCAAACAUGUUUAGAGCGACCCUAAGGUUCUAAAGGUGGUGCUCAAUUAUUUUAAUUUUAUUCUGCAUGGAAAUAAUUAUUACAAUAAAAACAUUAAACGUUAGUAAAAUGGGGCAAACUACGGAAAUACAAAUAUGGACAUUUUGGAAAAUCACACCAGGAUUUGAGAACUGUUUUUUGUUGGCUUCUUUUCAAAGAAAACAAGAGGUCUUGUUGAAAAAUUUGUGGAUGUUUUUACUUCAUGUUUUUCUAUUACCUUAUAAUAAGGUCUUAAAAUAAAUUCUGAAUAUUGUAAUGACAUGUAUUAUCCUUUUGUGGUGGGGAGAUGUACUCCCCUCAUUGUUAACUUGGCACUUCAGUUUGUUGUAACGCAAUUGUUUUUGUUAUUUCUAUGUAAAGUACUUGAAUAAAGAAAAUGAAACUGUG